UGAUUGUAAGUCCAUCCACUCAUCAUGUUAGGGUGGAACGCAGCAGUUCCUGAAACAAACAUGAUAACCGCUAAACACAUAAACAUCGAAAGUUUAACGUGGACAGUUGAAUGAUAAGCCACUGAAAGUAUGGAGCACAUUAUAACGCCAAAGGUGGAAUAUGUGAAACUACUGAAUAGGUACCCUGAAAAGAAGUCCGUUCUGGGAACUCUUUAUUUGACUGCUACUCACCUUAUCUAUGUGGAACAAACCAACAACACACGCAAAGAAACAUGGGUGCUGCAUCAUCACAUCAUGUCGGUAGAGAAGCUUCCAUUAACUGCACAUGGUUGUCCGCUCCUGAUCCGCUGUAAAACCUUCCAGCUGCUUCAUCUGCUGUUCCAAAGAGAGAGAGAUUGUCAGGAUGUCUAUCAGUCACUUCUGCGUCUGUUUCAACCAGUCAAAGAAGAGGAGCUGUAUGCCUUUCUCUAUAAUCCACAACAAAAUGAGGAGGACAGGAGACAGGGUUGGGAAUUCAUCAAUGUGGCAAACGACUUCAGCAGGAUGGGUCUCUCCAAUGAUUAUUGGGAAAUCAGCCACCUCAACAAAGACUAUGAGAUCUGUAGCACUUAUCCAUCUGUCCUAGGACUCCCUAAAAAUGUCAGUGUUGCUACGGUAACGGGCAGCGCAAAGUUUAGGAGCCGCGGGCGAUUGCCUGUUCUGUCUUACUUUCACAAAGACACAAAGGCUGCGAUCUGUCGCUGCAGUCAGCCUUUGUCGGGUUUGACUUCUCGCUGUGUGGAAGACGAGCAGAUGCUUCAGGCCAUCAGCCAAGCGAACCCCAACUGCCCUUAUAUAUAUGUAGUGGACACACGGCCUAAGUUGAACGCAAUGGCGAACCGCGCAGCUGGUAAAGGCUAUGAGAAUGAGGACAACUACUCCAAUAUCAGGUUCCAAUUCCAAGGAAUCGAAAACAUCCACGUCAUGAGAAACAGCCUACAAAAAUUGCUGGAGGUGUGCUCUAUGAAGUCUCCUUCCAUGAGUGACUAUCUGACAGGUCUGGAAAACUCUGGCUGGCUGAGGCACAUCAAAUCUGUGAUGGAUGCAGGCAUGUUCCUCGCCAAGGCUGUCUGUGAAGAGAGGGCAAGUGUGUUAGUACAUUGUUCUGAUGGUUGGGACAGAACGGCUCAGGUGUGCUCUUUGUCUUGCAUACUGCUGGACCCAUACUACAGAACCAUUAAAGGCCUCAUGGUUUUAAUAGAAAAGGAGUGGAUCUCUUUUGGUCAUAAAUUCAGUCACAGGUGUGGCCAUCUGGACACCGACCCCAAGGAAGUGUCUCCGGUCUUCACCCAGUUCCUGGAGUGUGUGUGGCAGCUGUCAGAACAGUUCCCUUGUGUGUUUGAGUUCAAUGAACGUUACCUAAUAGAAAUACACAAUCAAGUCUAUGCCUGCCAGUAUGGAAACUUCAUCGGCAACUGCCAGAAAGAGAGGCUGGAAAUAAGGUUGCAUGAAAAGACGUUUUCAUUGUGGCCACAUCUUCUGAAGAACCAGCAUCUGUAUCGAAACCCCUUGUACCGGCGUUCAUUAGAGUGCACAGUUCUCAGACCCAGCACUUUACCACUGCACUUCAAGUUCUGGUGUGGGAUGUAUAAUUACUAUGACAGAGGCAUGCACCCAAAACAGUCUGUUCUAGACCAGCUGCUGUCCCUCACACAGAAGCAGGUAGAAGGAGAGAGAACCAUGACUGAAUUACAGAGACAGCUGGCUGUUGCAGAUGGAGUUCUCCCUGAUCCAUCUGGACCAAUCAACACACCUGCGGAACAGGACAGUCCACGUCAGGAGACUCCCACCGCUCCUGUUGACCAAUCAAAUGGAAGUUGCGCUCCUUUGAUUAAUGGAGGCGCAGAGGAGGCGGGUCCAAGAGCUGAAAAGUGCAAUGAGAAAGAAGGGGCGGAGCCAGCAGCCACCAAACACGAUCUGACCUCCUCUAAAGACAAACCUGUUUCUGUGGAAACCGAACAUUCCAAAGAGGAGGUACAAGAAUCGUCUUGAGUCUCCAUAGUAACAGAACAGACAUUUUGACUGAGACCCCAAAGAACAAAUGUCCGGAUUUUUGAAAAGAUGCAUACAGUACUGUUUCCACAACUGAAGCUACUGUAAUGCAAAAAAAAAACAAAAAAACAUUCAAAUUGCAGCGUUCUGCCACAAGUUUGUGAUUUUUUUUAAUACCGUUGUUUAUUAGAUUUUUCGAGCACUGGGUGGAUGCUUGUGCCCUGUUAUAUCUGUUCUGAACAGUCCUGAAAUGUUCUGUUUGUUUUUGUGGACUUCAGUGUGCUUGUUGGCCUACAGACCAUGAGGAUUGAAGCUAUAUGCUUUGAUCGAAGGCAGUCAGAAUCAUCUACAUUUUGUUUAAAUGCCGCUCUGAUCAAAUUUGGCCUCAUUUCAUUGUACAGUAGACUGUUUUUUUAAUGUCUUUGUUUUAGUAAUACUUUCCAUAUAAUAUGUGUAGUACAUUUGAAAACCAGACUCUGAUACUGAUUUAUUCAGUCACAUAAGCAGCUGAUGUGAAAUUCAGGUUGAUAAAGGGAACACAUUGUUAAAAAAUGGAUCAAAUUGAUUAUCAGUGUUUUUUUGCACAAAGGGCUUAGUAUUAUUUUUGUGGUGUUCUUUAUUGCAAAUGCGGUUCAUUUCGCAUGAAAAGCAACACUGCUGAAAUGCUGCUUAUUGAUUGCAAUAGGAUGUCACAUUGUUUGAGCCAAGCUCUAAUGCCAAACAAAUAAUUUGAUGCACAUAAAAAUAUUUGAGGAAUAUUGCUUAUGUUCUUUCAAUCUUUUUAGAUUGAAUUAGAAAAAAUAUUUUCUAUUGAUUAAAUGUACAGCAAUAGUCAAAAGGGAAUUUUGAAAUAAGCAAUGAGAGGGAUACCACUGAAAAUGACAGAAUGUGGUUACAAUACAUCUAUUGCUUUUAAACCUGAGAAGAGUUUUGCUCUGUGUGAUAAUCAUGUCAGCUCAUUUUAUACACGCUUAUUUUGAUCAUUGCACUGUUUUGUACCG